UCUGGAUGAAUAGAAUCAUUAGAUUUGGAUUUGCCACUUAUGAAUCAUUAGUAUAGAAAUUAAGCAGUGCUGAUAGUCCAGCAUCUAUCUUAUAAAUAUUUUAACAAAACAAAGAUAUUUUUAAACAAGAGCAUGUGGUGCUUUCAUUGAGAAUGUUGGGUAGAUAUAGUAGAUAAAUGGGUCAUGAUAACAAUUAUUCAGAAUUAACUGGUAAAUUGAAUGAGAUUGUUGAUUAAUUGACUGAAUAUGGUAUUUAAGUAACUGAUUAUUUUAGAUGUAAUUGAUGUUUUGUUUUGGUUAAGAAAAUUUAGAUCUAACAAAAUACCAACAAAUUUCUCACAAUAAGCUUAGAUAAAAUUAUUUUAAAGAAUACAGUAAAUGUCAGAGAAUCAGAUGUUUUCAUUCAGAAAUAUGUGUAAUGUAUAUUAUGAUUUGGCAAUUCUCAAUCAUUCUAAUGAUUAAUUAGCAAGAUCUAUUUCAGAAUAAUUAAUUAAUACAAAAUAACUUUCACCAUUUUUGAUAAUUCAAAUCUUCAGUUCACUAGUAAUAAAAGUUAAUAAUUGUUCAAUUUCAAAAAAUGAUAUGUAAGUACUUAACAAUGCAGUAAGAGUAGUGGAGGGUCUUUUAGAAGAAUUGGAUAUAGAAUAAGUAAAUUUUAAUAUUUAUUUAGAAAUCUUAACUUUUCAAAAGUCUAGCUGAAGUACAAUUUUAAAAUUUGUCCCCAAAAUAUACACUUCCACAUUUAGUCAAGUAAGUAAAAGAUUUGCUAUUAUAAAAAAUUGAAUUGUUAUAGGAAGAUUCUGUACUUAAUAUCUUUAAAGCUUAUUCAUACUUGCCAAGAUAUUUUGAUUCUGAUCUAAUAAAAGAAUUAAAAGAUAUGAUUAUUACAACUAUAGAAUAAAACCCAAAUAAUCUGUCAUCAAAAUUCCUUGUAUUUCUUUUAGAUAGAUUGACAGUCUAAACUUAGAAACCAUCUCAAGAAUUUGUAAAAAAAAUUGUUACAGAAUUAACUUAAAGAAUUAUUAAAAAAGAAAUAGAAGUUCCACUCUUAUGUCAACUAUGUAAUAGUCUUUUAGGAAGCAAAAAAUAUGAUGAGCUUACAAAUGCUUUAAAAGAAAGUGGAGAAACAAGUGUUAAGAUACUGAAUUAUUUAUAUUUAAAUGGAGUUAACAUGAAAGAAUAUGUUGAUUAAUAUGUAUCCAAUAUGGACUCUAAAAGAAUCAAUACUUACAAUGCUAUACAUUAUUUAAUUUAUGCUUAAAGAGAUGCCUAAGAAUAUGUAGAAAGGUUUUAGGCUGCUUGUCGUUAAACUAUUAAAGCAAAUCCUAAUUCUGUACUAAAAACAUUACUUGAAAUUAAACUCAAUGCUUAGAUUAAGAAUCAAAUUCAAGAAGAAGCAUUUCUGUAAGUAAUUGAAGAUCUUAAAAAUAAAAAAUAUGAUAUCUAUAAAGUGAUUAAGGAAUUAUUGAGUUCUUGUGUAAGUAAUAAAUGCAGAUAAGCUUUAUUGCAAUAUAAUGAUUAAUUAGAAAAUAAAUUAUAACCAAAAUAAAUUUUAAAUAAAGUUAUUGGAAGUGAUGAACCUUUUGACUCAGAUAAAUUAUCAAUGAUGUUGUAAAUAUUUUAAAGAGAUACAAAAAUUAUUCCUAUUCAUAGAUUUGUUGAUUAUAUAACUUUGUCUCCCUAAAAUUUAUAUGGUUUCAUUAGAAGUGAUCAAAUAUAAUGGGUUUGUUAGAUCAUAUUAUCAUCAUUAUAAAGUUCAUCAAUAAUGAAAUUUAAUGCAUUGGUAAAUUUUGUUGAAAGAUUUGAAGGUGCAGGUUAUACAAGUAAACAUAUUCUUAUUUUGGUUUAAAGAGUUGUAGAUUAUUACAGAUAAAACAAUCCUAAUACUCCAUUUCCAGAUUCAACUUUUGUUUAAGCCUUAAUUAAACUUAAUCUUUUUACACCUGAAGAUGCUGCUCUUUAGUUGAAUAAUGAAAAAUCUUAUAAAUAUUUUAAGGUUUAGUUAUGUGGUAUUGCUUUGUAAUUAGAAAACCCUCCAGAAAAUGUUCUAUAACUAAGUGAUAAAAUUAAAGCUGAAUGCUUUCUUGAUACUGAAGAGAUGAAAUAUAAAUAAGUUUUAGAAGCCUCAACAUUAUUCAAAUUAACAACAACUGAAAUUGAAAAAGUCAAAAGUUAAAUUAGAAUAUUAGCUCCAAAACUUACAAAUAGAUAAUAUUUUGAUUUAGUUAUGAAUGCCAAAGAACUUCCUAUUAUUAAAGAAUUAAGCCUUUUAUUUGUUUAAUUUGGUUCUAAAUUAGGAAUUAUAAAAAUAUUAAAAAUUAUUGAAAAAUUUUAAAAAAAUCAUAUCUCAAAUCAAAUUUUUUAUAAUAUUUUAUUAGAAUAAUAUGGUAUUUAAUUUAAUUCCACUUUUAAUGAAAUAAGAAUUUAAGUUUUGAUGACAUUGGCCAAUUGUAAACUUAAGUAAGUUGAUGUAUUUUUAAAAACCUUCGAAAAAAUCAAUAAAAAUACUGUUAUUUAUAAGCAUUAUUUUAAUGAAAUUCUAGAGAGUGUUAUUCAAUUAGGUUUAACUGAAAAUGAAAUAGUCGAUUAAAUCAAGUCAUUGGUUGAUAAAUCAAAUUUCAAUCACUAAACUACUUUAAAAUUGGUUCACUAUUAUAUCAUGUCUGAAUAACCUAUAGAAGAGAUUGAAAAAGUUGCCAAUUCUUUAGAUAACUUAAAAACAAAAGAAAAUAACAGAAUUGUUUUGAUCUAUGAAAUAUUAAAAAGAACCUAUCCAGAAGCAAAAAUAACUAAAAUUCAUGAAGCUUUAAUUAAAGAUGAAAAGAUAACAACUUCUUUAAAAAAAAAUUAAUAUUCAGUUGAAUAUGUUCAAAAACUUCUCUAAGCUGUAGAAAUUUAAACAGAAACCAAUUAAUUAGUUGAAAAUGUUCAAAUUGAACUCUUUUUACCUUAAACGUAUUAUAUUUAAUUUAUUAUGUUUAGUUAAUAAUCUAUUUUAAUUCUUACAGGUUAUAAUCAAAAUUAUGACAAAACUACAUUAAAUGGAAUAGGCAUUUUGUAAAAGAAAUUAUUAUCACUUAUUACUAAAAAUGUUGUUGUUGUUAAUUUUAAGGAAUUACACGAUAUAACUAAUUAUGAAGAUAAAAUUACAUAUUUAUAAAACUAAGGUAAAAAAUGAUUAAAUUUUAGGUAUUUCAAUUACUGCUGACAAGAGUAAAGCUGAUUUUAGUGCUUUUAAGUUAAUCGAAAAGAAAGACAAUUAAAAAAAGCAAAAUCCAAAAAAAAAAUCUAAUGACAUUGAUUUGGAUGAAAUUCAAGAACAUGUAGAAAUUCCUUAAUGAGUUCUUUAGUAUUUCUG